CGUCAUAUUACGUAUGACUAAAGUCCGCGAGGAGCUCGGUCAGGUCCGCACAGUCCAAGUUCGGAGGCUGAGAUCACAUUUCGGGUUGUAUUUGUCGUGCUGCAACGUCUGUCAUGCUCCGCACCGUGCUGUCCCGGGCCAUUACCAAACUAAACCGACCGCUGGUGUGUCACUACUCUGCGGCCGCCAUCCCUGCACCCAGCACCCAGCCUGAGGUCCACUACAACAAGCUGUUUAUCAACAACCAGUGGCAGGAUGCAGUGAGUGGGAAAACCUUCCCUACCAUCAACCCUGCAACCAGUGAAGUCAUCUGUCAAGUUGCAGAAGCUGAUGUGGCAGAUGUAGACAAGGCGGUGAAAGCAGCAUGUGAUGCCUUUAGGUUGGGGUCACCGUGGCGACGGAUGGACGCCUCUCACCGUGGCCUGCUUCUUAACCGAUUGGCUGAUGCCAUAGAGAGGGAUGCUGCCUACCUUGCUGAGCUGGAGACCCUUGACAAUGGGAAGCCAUAUGCUGUUUCCUACACCGUGGAUCUGCCUAAUGUGGUGAAAUGUCUCAGGUACUAUGCAGGCUGGGCUGACAAAUGGGAGGGAAAGACCAUCCCUAUUGAUGGAGAUUAUUUCUGCUACACCAGACAUGAACCCAUCGGAGUCUGUGGACAGAUCAUACCGUGGAACUUCCCUCUGUUGAUGCAGGCCUGGAAGCUCGGCCCUGCCCUUGCAACUGGUAACACUGUGGUGAUGAAAGUUGCAGAGCAGACACCACUUACAGCUCUCUAUGUAGCCAGUCUGAUUAAAGAGGUGGGUUUUCCUGAAGGUGUUGUGAAUAUCUUGCCUGGCUUCGGACCAUCAGCUGGCUCUGCCAUUGCAAAGCACAUGGAUAUUGACAAGGUGGCCUUCACUGGGUCAACAGAGGUGGGUCAUCUAAUCCAGCAGGCUUCAGGCAGCAGUAACCUGAAAAAAGUCACUCUGGAGCUGGGAGGAAAGAGUCCUAAUAUCAUCCUAUCUGACGCCAACAUGGAAGAUGCAGUGGAGCAGUCCCACUUUGCUCUUUUUUUCAACCAAGGCCAGUGUUGCUGUGCUGGCUCUAGAACUUACGUCCAGGCAGACAUCUAUGAUGAGUUUGUGGAGAGGAGUGUUGAGCGAGCUAAGAAACGAGUGGUGGGAAAUCCUUUUGACUUAAAGACCGAGCAGGGUCCUCAGGUAGAUCAGGAGCAGUUUAACAAGAUUCUUGGCUACAUCAGCAGUGGGAAGAGAGAGGGAGCCAAGCUGAUGUGUGGAGGAGGAGUGGCUGCUGACAGAGGAUACUUCAUCCAGCCUACUGUGUUUGGAGAUGUCCAGGACAACAUGACCAUUGCCAGGGAGGAGAUCUUUGGUCCAGUGAUGCAGAUCCUGAAGUUUAAAACACUGGAGGAGGUGGUGAACAGAGCCAAUGAUACCAAAUAUGGUCUAGCAGCCGCUGUGUUUACUAAGGACAUCGAUAAGGCCAGCUAUGUCUCCAACGGGCUCCGUGCUGGCACAGUCUGGAUCAACUGUUAUGAUGUGUUUGGGGCUCAGGCUCCGUUUGGAGGUUACAAGGCUUCUGGUAAUGGCAGAGAGCUUGGAGAGUAUGGCCUGGACAACUACACCGAAGUCAAGACGGUGACCAUGAAGGUGCCACAGAAGAACUCUUAGACAUGUGCAGUGAGCCCAGUUAGCAGCUAAUUCAUGUCUCCUCCUAGCUGCUCUCUGGUUGACAGCAGACUGACACACUGCUCCUGUGCACCGCUACAAAAGUAAUUCUACUGCUGUCUGUCAAUCAUGCACAGAACAAACCCAUUGUAGGAAGAAAUCCCAUUCAUAUGAGCUCUUUCUGCUGUAAAAAAAAUCAACCCACUGUCCAUCAAUAAUGACACUCUUUUCCACCUGAUUCAAUGUAAUCAUAAACGAAUCCAGACAUUAUCCGUGUUUGUAACCUGUGGGCUUUGACAUUUAUAGAUUUUAAUAAUAAAUGCAUGUGAGGGA